ACCGAAAAAGAAAAAAAUAAAAAAUUCUGCAACCUGACGAACAAAUUAAAAGGAGCUAGUCUUGCAGUUCCAGAUCCCUUUCUUCCUUUCUGGUUUCCCAAUCAACGAUUCGCGCUGUACGUCAAUCAUUCAUUAAUAAUCAUUCAGUCAAAUACUUGCAAUUGGUGAUUCUUCUGGAAACAACAAUGCGGGGUUAUGAUAAUGAAAGAGAUGAGUACGACGAUUAUUAUGAGGAUGAGGGACAAGAAGAGUAUGAAGAGGAGGGUGAGGAAGAGUAUGAAGAAGAGGAACAAGAGCCUCGUAAGCCUUCAAAGGAAGAGAUGGAGUACCUAGAGUUGAGGCAGAAGUUGAAAGAAUCUAUUAGGAAGCAGAUGAAGAAGGAUAGUAGUGGUAGUAGUACUUCGCGCCUGGAUUCGACCGAUAGAAGGAAGAAUAAGCUUCCUUAUGAUAAUUAUGGUUCCUUUUUCGGUCCUUCUCAACCAGUAAUCGCACAGAGAGUAAUCCAGGAGAGCAAGUCAAUGUUAGAAAACAAGCAUUUGGCAUCUAGGGUUUCUAACCCACAUCAAAUUAAGAAAAACCACAAUAAAGUAUCGAAUGGAGGAUCAAAGUCUUCAUCUCAUAAUCUGCCACCCAAAGUUAAUGAGAUGAAAGUUAAAGCCCAGAAACUCAAGAACACAAGAGAUUACUCAUUUCUUUUAUCUGAUGAUGCAGAGCUUCCAGCACCUUCAAAAGCACCCCCACCACGAAAUAUGCCUAUAAGAAAUUCUGAGGGACGACCAGCUCAAGUUCCAGCAAGGAGUAAACAACAGCCUUUGAGCAAUGGCAGCAAGCUUGUUCGUCCGAGUCAUGAAGAAAGGAAAAGAGGUUCUGCAGCUGGCCAUUUGCCUCCUAAAUCAGGAUCCAGUUAUAAGACAAGUUCAACUAGUAAACCUAGUAUGGCAUCUGCAGAUUCUAGAAAACAGCUCGGUAACAACAGUGUCAAUGGACCAGGCCGGCCAGCUGGGCCAAAAGGCAUGCCUUCAAAGAAUUCUGUUGGUAUCACAGGGAAUAAAUCUUCAACACUUGGUAUAAAAACCCCUGUAAAUGGUAUGCAAAAAUCGCUCCCUUCAAAGGCCCAUCCAUCCAUUCCAAAGCAAAAUGUGGAACAAAGAAAAGACAUACGAGAACUGAAUAGACCUAAAAUGACACCAAAACAACCAGUGGCAUCAUCGAAACCACAGAUGAAUAAGCCACUUAAACAAAAUUCAAUGCAUACUGCUUCACAAGAUUAUCGUCCCAAGCAUAAGGUUGCAAGAAGACACUAUGAUGAUGCUGAGGAUGACAUGGAUAUCAGUAACAUGAUCAGAUCAAUGUUUAAUUACAACCCCAAGAAAUUUGUCGAUGAUGAUGAUGAUGAUGAUAUGGAGGCCGGCUUUGAUGAAAUUAUGAGGGAAGAAAGGAGGAGUGCCAAAAUUGCUAAAAAGGAGGACGAGGAGCAACUUAGGUUAAUUGAAGAGGAAGAGGAAAGAGAGCGGAGAAGACGAAUGGCAAAGUUAAAGAAACGGAAGCAUGGCGAGUAGUAGUUAGUAGUAAACACCAACACCAUCGUUUGGCUUCCAUAACAUGUCAUUGUUUUGGUAUAAUGAAAAUUCCUUUUUUCCCAGGGCAGUUUGAUCACGGGAUUAAAUUAAUCAAUUCAUAAAUGAAGAUAGGAAUAUAUUUGCCCGCAUUCAGUUCGUUUUAGUUCGAAUUACUUGGAAAAGAUAUACCAUUGUGUAAACGCAGUUUCUUUUCUAGUCAAGGGCAGGGCUUUGCAUUGUAUGCUUUGAGCAUUUUGCACAUUGAUUGGCUGUCAUUAUACCCAUUGGUUGGAUUGGAAAAUGAGAUAUAAUUGUUCAGUAUUAUUCUG